GCAGAGUGCAGUCCAAAGUCAAACAAUUAGAAAACCCAUAUGGGUCCAAAAAUAGUACUGUAGGAUUUUAGGUUCAAAAACAGAACAUUGACUUGAACAUUGACUAAAACUCAUAUGCUGAUUAGAACCACGCGCAACGCAAUUGGCACAUCACGUUUCUGGUGAUGAGGGGCCAGCAAUCCAUUUGUGGUGACAGACAGGUGGAGGCAUCCAGAGGGACCCAAACACACCAGCUACAACGAACCACCUCCCUCCCCUGUCCACCUUCAGAGAGAGAGAGAGAGAGGACAGACAGAGAGAUGAUCCGUUGCAGCUGAAACUCCGAAAAUUCAUGAAAAUUCUUCAUCUCCUGUCUUCUCCUCGCCGUUCCACUUCUUUCCAACACUGAAUUCCGGAAAAAAAAAAUGGCGCAGAACAGCGUCAAGCAACCUCUUUUACAGGACGGCGACCCUCCUAACGCCCCGCAAAAGAAGCCGCCGCCGAGAGGGGCGAGGAGAUUCAGGCGCUGCAGGACGGCGCCUUCCUCUGACGCCGCGCAAGAAGCCCCUCCACGGAGCCAGGACGUGCGACCGCAAGCCGCGGGCGCCGCCUCGUCGACGGUGCCUCCCGGGGAGCUGUUCAGGGGCGCGCGCCCGAGCUUCCGGCUCGUCGGCAUCCUCCUGCUCGCCUACCUCCUCGCCGGGACCACCGCCUUCUACCUCGCGAUGGACCAGAUGUCCGGCGACCGCACCGCGAGCCGCACCCUGGACGCGCUCUACUUCUGCGUGGUCACCAUGACGACUGUCGGGUACGGCGACCUCGUCCCGGCCAGCGACGCCGCUAAGCUGCUCGCCUGCGCCUUCGCCUUCGCCGGCGUGGCCCUCUUCGGCACCUUCCUCAGCAAGGCUGCCGACUACCUCGUCGAGAAGCAGGAGGCGCUCCUUUUCCGCGCGAUCCACCUCCACGACGCGGACCAGGCCAAGACGCUGCGCGCCAUGGAGGCGAACAAGAUCCAGUACAAGCUCUACACCUCCGCCGCGCUUCUGGCCGUGUCGCUCGCUGCCGGGACGACGUUCCUGGUGAAGGCGGAAGGGAUGCGCCCCGUGGACGCCUUCUACUGCGUGUGCGCGACGGUGACGACGCUCGGGUACGGCGACCGGAGCUUCACCUCGGCGGGCGGGCGCGCGUUCGCGGCGGCGUGGAUCACGGUGAGCACGGUGGUGGUGGCUCUCUUCUCCCUGUACGCUGCGGAGCUGUGCACGGAGCGGCGGCAGAGAGCGCUGGCGCGAUGGGUCCUCACGCGGCGGAUCACCAACACGGACCUCGAGGCGGCGGACCUCGACGGCGAUAGCCGGGUUGGGGCAGCGGAAUUCGUGCUGUACAAGCUCAAGGAGCUGGGGAAGAUCAGCCAGGAGGAGAUCACCGAGUUCCUGGAGGAGUUCGACAAGCUCGACGCCGACAGCUCCGGCACCCUCUCGCCGCAUGACCUCAUCGUGGCGCAGCCCGGUUAGCUGGGCAAUCAUUGGCGGACAGCUAGACGGCCGGGGGAGUGUCUGGAGCUCUCUCGAAACGCACAGCAGAGCGACGUGGCCAUACACGCAGAAUUCUUGGGCUUUGGCCUAGUAGUAAUUUUCUGAUGGACUGUCACACAGUUGGUUUGUUAUUAUUUCCGGGCCAUUGAAAAGAAGAUAUCAUCAGAAUUCUGACAUAUUUUGGGCCCAUUUUCGACAUAAAAAUGCGCAGUAAAUCAUGUUGAUGAAGUCUGCCCAAUCAUCUAAAGCCAAUUGUUUCAAAAAAAAAACCUUAAAUGUCAUUGUAAACUUACCCGAUCCCGUAAUUACCAAUGCAACCACACGUUUCCCAUUAGUGUUUAAAUUCUAUGCCCCCAAAAUGCCACCGCCUUCGAUUCCGUGAGGUCUGACUGUGAGUCUACCUUU